GCUGCGGGGGAGGAUGUGGGGCGGAGGGUCACCCACAGUGGAUUCAUGCUGAGGAGGUGGAUGGGGCACCGCCUCACGGGGAGUACCAACCCUGGGACUCGGAUGUUUCCCCCUGUGCUCCUGUUUCCACUGGUGCAGUGGAGGGGCAAAGGCAGGUGCAGCCUCGGGGAUUGGGGUCCCCUCCAGUCACGGCAGCGACCUUUCCUAAGAGGUGGCAGCUCCUGCUUUGGCAUUCGGGUCCAGCUCUGGUUCUUGGAGCAUUCGGUGUUCCUGGGGCUGUGCCCGAGAUGCAGCAGCUCAGGCUGUGGCUUCGGGGCGGCCGCGAUGUCUCGUCGAGACCCCGUCUGCGCCCGCCGGGACGGUUCUCAAAGCCGGCGGCAGUGGCGGGGCCGCGGGGGCUGCUCCUGCCGUCCAUUCCUGUCCCGGCUGCGCUGAAACCUCCCAUUGACUUCCCUGCGCCGAGGAGGGGGUCGAUGUCUUCACGUUCCCUCUUCGAUGGGGCCAUUUUGCGCUGAUGUUGCAACCAGACUCGUGUGCGGCGUGCCCCGCGGUUCCUGCAAUCUCUUCCUCUCCUGAAUUUCGCCCUCCUGCAGUCGUGGUUGGACGAAAGGCUGGUGAACCUGCUCGUCAGUCCGUGCCUUUGGCGUCUGCCUUCCCUACUUCCCGGAGGGGUCCGAGCGGCUGGUGGGAUGGCAGGGGACAGCGGGGGACAGGGACUAUCUUUAGGGCUGUGUUGCAAUGGAGGGGUGUGCCUUGGCUCGGCGCUGCCGGGAGCCGCCUCCUCGCCCGAGGAUUGCCUUACGCCGAGCCGCCCGCCUGGGGAAAACCAACACUUGCUGUGCGGUUUGUGUGAGCAGGAGGGGCUGCGGUGGGGCUGUGAGGCUGAGCCAGGGGUCAGACACUACGGGGGCUGAUGUCGGUCACACGUGCCCUGCAGGAGGUCAGGCUGUGCAAGGUCUGCUGGGCCCAGGUUUGGGGUGCCCCGUCGGCCCCCGGCACUGGCACAUGUCACUCUGGCCCAUGUCACUCAUGCUCUGCCACUGCCCGGCAGCGGGAACAGCUGAGGCGGAGCAAACGGCCGGCAUGGGAAGGGCUGGUGGUGCAGGGAAUCUCUGCUGCCCCGUGGAACAGAAGUUGCCCUGGAGCACGGGAGCAAGUUGGGUUCUUGCAAGGUGCGUCCCAGAACGUUCCUGUGCUUCCUUCCUGAGGCUUAGUGGAAGCACAGAUUCAGCUGUAGGAGAGAGACAGAGUCAGGUCUCUUUUGCAUCCUCUUUCUGCCAGAGUAACCUGGCUAGUCCAUGGGAGUAACUUGCACCGGAGCUGGGGUGGAACCAGGGUUCUGUGUUUGGGUUAAUCCUUCCUCUGAGCCAUUACCCUGCUCAUGGCCACUGUGCCGUGGUGGUGCAGCUGCACCAUCCCUGUUUCUGAGAGGAGGCAGCUGAAACAUGUGGAACAAUUUGCAUCGCCCUAGGAGUACAGUUCCUCUCCCAGUUCUGGGGCCUGUGUAGACAUGGGUCUCCUCCAGCUUCUGGUGCUGCCAGCCCCUUAGUUUCUCUGUUAAAAUUGGGGCACACACUGCUUCUGCCUGUGAUGAUGAUAAUGGUGAGUCAGCAGCAGCAAAAAGUUGAUCUGUGCAUCAAACUGCUUCCCAUGUUCUGUGGAUGUGGGGCUCUCCUGUCCCUUCAUUUUGCUUUUCCUCGUGCUUAGGAGAAACUUCAGGCCUUCUGAGAAGGCUUGAAACCUGCUGAGGAGAGAAAGUGCCUUCUCAUCUGCAGCAGUGCUGCUGGAUGAGGCUCCCUCUUCCUGACGCGCAGCCUGGCAGCUGCUGGAAUUGCCGGCAGCUGCAUCGCUCUGCACCGCGUGUCCCCCCAGGCUGGCACGGUCCUUUUGGAGCCAAUGUCAGGGAGAGGAUCUCUCAGAGAAAAGGCAAAAACAUCAGCUGUUUUCUGAGGAGGGCACUUUGAAAUGAUGUCACUGAUUUAAUGUAUAGCAAGGUUUUUCUGAGCUCCCCCCCCAGCUAUUUCCCAGAAUAAAAACCAGAGGAUAAGGCAGGUGGUCCCUGUCCCAGAGAGCAGGAAUUGACCUGUCUCUGCUCAGCAGCUUCACCUGUGUGUUCACAGCUGCAGGAAGAGGCUUGAGGCUGUGGUGGCUGGAAGAUUAGGGUCAUAACUGGCUCUUGGCCAUGCUGGAUGCUGUGGUUGGAGGUGUGAUUUGGGAAGGGGGUGGACUUGUGCAUCGUUAGCCUGGAGGUGUCUCUCAGUGAGCUGCCCAGAAGGAGAGGGAUGUCUUGGUUGUCCUUUUUAUGAGUUUUGCUUCAUGCAGUGAUUUGUGUGAGCCUCUGAGUUGGGAUUCACCAGGAGGGGCUGCAGCUGGUUGUCCCUAUGUAGCCUGGGACUAGCACUUGGGGGAUGAGCAGUCUCACACAGCGGUUAUUCCAAUGAAGCCAUGAUGGUUUGGGUCCCCCAUACCAUGACAUCGGGACUUUGUCAUGCCAUCCCCUUCUGAGCUGCUGAGAACAGCCAGGGUGGGCUGGCUGGGGCUCUGGGCUCUGGCCAAAGCAGCCACCACAGCUGCCCACCUCUCCCCACUAGAGGCUGCUGAUGACCAGAGCAUUUUCCAUCCCUGGCACUGAGAAAGCAGCAGGGUCUGGAAUUUGCAGGGCUGAGCAUCCCGGCCUGAGCUUUUCCUGCUGAUUCACCCUGGAGACAGCAGUGCACUUUCCUUGGCAGUGACUAGGUUCAGGGGGCACGUCUGCUCACCUGCCAGGCCCACGAUAGAUCUCCCUACUUCAUUAAGUCUUAAUUAGGUAAAUGUGCCGGGGCCAUGUGCGAGGCCAUUGCCAGGGACAUGGAUCAGGUGUGGAGCCAGGUACCAGGGAUGCCAGCUAGCAUUCUGCCUGCUUCAGGGGUUUUUCUAGCUGGGUGCUGAAUGUGGAAUGAGUGCAGGCUCUCAUAUUGUUUUCCCAGAGGAUGUGUGCACAGUGAUAAGCGCUCCAGCCCUCUGGCAUGGUCCAACUGGCAGAAAAGCCAAGGAUUAGUUAAGCCAUGGAAGGGGAUCCUUCACAUCUGGGCACAGCUGUAGUAAAGCCACCCUUUGGACACAAAGGAGACUCUUCAUCCUGGCCAUCAAACACCUGGGCAGGAUGGGCUGGAAAACCCGGACCCUGGGGAGAUGAUUAAUCACAAAAGAGUGAGGUGUAAAAUGAAAGGCAGUGACUGCUGCAGUGGAAGUGCCUGGGAAGGAGUUUGUGGUGUUGCACAAGCCCCACUGCCGUUGCAGGCAGUGCUGGCUGGGGUGUGUGGUGCCAGCUGGCUCCGGCAUAGGGCAUGGCUUCCCUAACAAUGGCAGUGCUUUACAUAAUCUGGGACUUGCCAAACAAGCUUGAAGGUCUGGAAAAUCCUCCUGCUAUUGUUCAUGCUCAAAGUUUGCUACAUUUCUUGGUUUGAUCUGCACGGCUGGAUUUUGUUUUGGGACUGCAGUGAGAGGAAAAUGAACUUUGCACAGAGGGAAGAAAAGGGUGUUUGUGGUGUUUAAUACAUGCUCUGUAGAUGAAGCUAUUUUUGUGGAUCACAAGAGGUUCUGAGCAGCUGCUUGCAGCUUUGUAGGGCUGCAGGGCUCUCUGUCUAUCCAAUUAGCAUGGUUGGUGUCUAGUCCCCUCCUGAUGCCCCCUGAGAAAAUCCUGGACUACCAGAUGGGGAUGGGGCACCGUGGGCAGGGCUCACACAGCCACUGUCUGGGCUCCUGACUUGGAGUCUGUGUGAGGUCACAAAUGGCGUGUUGGAACAGCUUUUUGCUGUCUCAACCCCCUCAAGAUGGACUCUGAGGCUCCAGGAAGGCUCCAAAACUGCUGCUCAUUGGCAGAUUUUAGGAGAAGAGGCUUGAUGUGAACUUGGGGUGUCUUAUUGUGCAGUGUCAACCCUGGUGGUGACUUCCUGGGGGUGAUUUGGGGCAUCUGGGAACCCCUGUGGAAGGAUGCUGAGGCUGUGAGAGCCACCCCAGGCCCAUCCUGGCCUGUGUAAGGCUGUGGGCUUAACCUGGACAUGUUUCAUGGCUCCUGAGAAGUGUUCUGGGGCAUGGGGCCUGCCUUUGCUCCUCCAUUUGCUCACCCCAAAGCCCUUUGCCAACACAAAUAAAGCCCCCGUGUGCUAUUCAAUUAAAUGAACAAAUCCUGUUAAAGUGUUCUCUGCUCAUUUGUGAAUAGGUGACUGAGAAACCUGACUUUUCCUUCCAUUCCUGGGAAAGGCAGGUUUUGUAACAAGGACUGAGGUGAAGUUCUUGCUGGUCCACUUCAUGUGAGGCAAGUUUUUGAGCCCUGGAAAGCAGCAGAGGAGGAGGAACCCCAGCCUGAAUACAUUCUCUUAUUAGAGGUGGCUUUGAGUGCCUUUCAUGUAGAUAAUUACAUCUGGCCGCAGUUGACCAGGACUGGAUUUAAGGAGGGGAUGUGAGGCUUGGCAUGUACUGGGAGCUUUCAGAGUUGACUGCAGUGGCAUUACAGCAAUCUGGUAGUUGUUGUGAACAAGGCAGUGAAGGGCAGCUCUGAGCCUUAGGGCCUGGAAAACUCAGUGUUUUCUUAGCUUUGUUGUGGGGAGUGGGGUGGACUGAUGCCUCAAAGCAUCAGCAGGGUGUAAAGGCAGCUGUGUAGUGACCUCCAUGACCUGAUCCCUCUGGCUGCUGCAGUGAUUUAGGUGCUCACUGGAUAGUGCCUGCCAUCCAGAGGCUUGUAUUUCUAUAUCCACUCUCCAAAACCCCCUGGAGAUGGGGUAAGCUUCUUGUGGGCACUUCAGCACUUGAGGGGAGCUCUUUGUCUGUGCUGAGGGUAUGUAUUGGACAGGACAGCACAAGUUGCCUCUCUGCCCCCAGGUGAACUCAAACAUGAGUGUGGGAGCAAGGCAGGGCAGAUGUUAAGAUGACAGCCCGGCACAGAGCCACGUUGAGCUGUAACGUGACUUUGUGCGUCUGUGUUGAUGUUGUGCUGGAGGUGCCGUGUCUGACGUGGAGGUGAACCUCUCCCAUAUGGCUGGGAUUGGUCUCAGCUGAUCUGUGGCUGCUCAGAGCUCCCAGGCUGGCAGACAGGGUCAGCACUGCUUGAGAAUUUCCUCGGGAGCAGAGCAGAGGCUUUUAAUAGCAAACGCAGUCAUCUGCAUCAUGGCAUGGCCUGAAACUUGGCCCUAAGGAUCCACUGCCAGCUGGGCACCGGCUGAGCAAGAUGUCUGUGUCUGUUGGAAUUUUUUUAAGUGUUAAGGGAAAGUAAAACGGUUUUGAGGAAAGAUUAAAUAAGAGUUAAACCAAUUGCUGGUGGGUUUGAGGUGCAGCUCCUCCCUAGGAGGUAUCCUGGAGAAACCCUGCCUUUCUUGGGAAGGUUAUGUGGUCCAUCUCAGUGUGCUGUGCUGACAGAUCCCAUGCCUCAGCUGGGUGCCACGACUUCAGCCUUCUAGGAAAGGCAGAGGAGCCGCUAUGGUUUUUCCUCUGCCAUCCUGUGGGCGCCUGGUGCUGUGUGAGCAGCAUGCAGAGCCACAGAUGGCUCAUGUUGUAGUUGCAGCACUGCUUGCUCCAUCUGAACUACCUUUGAGUGGGAACAUAUGAGAUACCCAAGUGCAGAAUUAAUCUGUGCUGCUGCUGACCAGGGUUGUUUCUGGCACUGCUGCUUUUUCCUUGGCUGUAGCGUGAGGUGAGUGUGAUUUCAGCAGCUGCCUGGUUCCAGCAGUUUGCAUUCUGCCUUCCCUAUAAACUGUCUUCAUCCUGCUCAGGUUCCUGGCCCCUGUCCUGGUCAAUACCAGGCUGUUACCAGAGCUUGGCAAGCCAUGAUGAUCACAUCCAAGUGCUGGACCUCGAACCACCUGGCAGCGCUGGGUUGGAGCUCAUUUGCAUAGGGUGGUUAAUUCUCUGUAUGCGUUAAUCUCCGUGACCAUCUGUGUUCUUUCCCAGGCUGGGGACAUGGGAGCUCUUCGGAUUUUCCCAGGAGGUGAACAUAGAGAAGACUGCUUAUUCUGUGUACAAUGAAAACUGCCCUGGGUCAGGGCAGGACAGACUCAUUAGUUCUGGGAGCAGUUGUUCCUGCAUCUUUGGGAAAGGGGGCAUUGAUGUGUCUCUCUAUCCUGAAGGCACAUCCUGAGGAGAUGCAGGGAGGAGACAGGGGCAAAGACUAAAAAUGGAAACCUCUAGAAAUGCUGUCCAGCAUUCAGGCCCAAACAUGGAGGGUCUGUGAUCAGUUUGCCUGGCAUCCUAGAGGGCUGAGGUUCCAGGGAAGGCUGUGUUGGUCUGAGGAGAGAUAGUACACUAAAGCAUCUCCUGGCCAUCCCAAAAACCCUGCCCAGGCUGUGGCAUCCUCUGGGGUGUACCCCACCAGCAACCACUGCUGUCUCUGUCCUGGUGAAUUGCUCGAUUUGAGCCUCAGAAGCUGCUUUGGAGACUGGGGUGCUCACACACAGCACCAAAAUUAGGGGACCAGUGCCUAUAGGUGAGUUGCACUAGCAUCUCCAGACCUGUGCAGGCUGCUGCUGGCAGGGAGGUUUUUUCUGCAAGCAGCAUCUGAAUUCUUGCUCAUUUUGUUUUCUCACAUUUGGAGCCUGAGGCUCUGCAGACCAUUACAGCCCCAGCUGGGAUCCCACUCAGCAUGGGCAGAGGUGACAUUAGCUAUGGGCACUUUUGAGGGAUGCCUGUCCUGUGGGGCAGCAUGGCCCUGCUGAUGGUAUCCAAACCCAGAGGGAGUGAUUCCUGCCCUGUAAUUAAGCUCAGCUGUUCCUGUUCACCACACUAAUGAGCUGUCUAACGGAUGUGCUCCUCACAGCUGCUCUGCAUCCUCUGUGUGGCUCUGAAGCUGGAGGUGACUUUCCAAGAGAGCCACCGGCAAAGAGCAAGAUCUCGAUCCCUGUCACGUUGGGGUGAGGUUUGUGGGCUGGGAACCUUUGACUGUGAAGGCUUUUCUAUAACUGCACCCUGUGUGCUGUGAAUUCUGCCAAGGUCCACCCUAACUCCUUGGUAAGGAGAGCCCUUCGUGCUGUUCAUGCUGGCAGGUCUGGGCAAGGUGGAGGUGUUUUCCCAGCCUUCAGCUGAGGGACUGAGGCUGCUGCUUGAAAGGAGAGCUGGUCUCUACUUGCAUCCAGGCUGGAUAAUAACACUUAAAAAAACCAAAUGGUGCUCCAGCUCCUCUCCUGGUUCAGUAGUUUGUGUUUUCAGUCCUAAUGGAGAUGAUGCCACUGGGAUUGUCAGUAUGAAGGUGCAUCCCAAAGGAUGGGUAUGGGCUUGUGCCCAUCUCUCCUAGUCUAGUGGAAGGUGUCCCUGCCUGUGGCAGUGGGUUGGAAUGAGAUGGGCUUUAAGGUCCCUUCCAACACAAACCAUUCCAUGAUUGUGUGAUUCUCUGGCACGGCAGGGUGACGGUUUAGUCUGGCAUCACGCCACACUUGUGCUGUGAGUGCUUGACUGGGUGGUGUCAGGCAGGUCCCUGUAGCCUCGGUGGGGCUGUUGUAUGGGCUGAAUUUGGGGUGUGUGCCCAGCACACAGCCAGCCUUGCCGCGGCUGCGAGCACCGUUGCUCUCUUGAAUCUCUUCAUUUAGUUAAUGAUCCUUUUGUUGAGAGGAUUAGGGUUUAGAGGCCUCUGGCCGAGUGUUAAUUAAAUUAAGGCUCUUGGUGUUUUGUGGGGUUUUUGAAGCCCACUAGAGGGCUCAGUAGGAGCCCUGCAGAGCCGGGCCCGGCGGCGCUGGGCUGUGUCCAGCCCUGCAGAAGUUUGCAGGAGAAGUUGUGUGAGUGCGGAGGAGCUGGGUGGGCGCAGAGGUGCAGGGGCCAGCCCGCAGCUGUGCCCUGGCACCGGAGCCUGCAGGCAUGCGGUGUCUGCCUCGCUGCUCACUCUCUUAUCAGCGUUAGAUAAUGCCGAGCUGAUGGUUUUGGUUGUUUUUUUUCUCCUUCCCCACUUGGUGUUUACAUUUCUGAGAAGUGGCUGACCGUGAACGUCCGGUUCCACCUUCGCUUCUGGAGGAGUCAGAUACUGACGUUGGCUCUGUUGCUUUGCUCAGUUGGGUACGAGUGUGAGCACUCGCUUUGGGGCUCGAGGGGUUUUUCUGGUGGGUGCCUGGGUUUUCUGUGUCUAGCUGGAACUGCUUUUUAACCAGUGUCUCUUCUUUCUCUUCUAUCUACUGCCCCACGAUGGAUUUUGGUGUCUCACCUGUGUGCUUGGGCUGGCGGUCUCAUCUCUGGCGUCAUCAUGACAACAGAAAAGAGCCCAGCAGCCGACGCUGACAGCUCGGAGCAGCAGCAAGCCAAGGAGGAGGAAGGAGCUGCUGAAACACAGAAGCAAGAGGCUUCCCUGGAAGAAGGAGCUCAGCCAACACCGGAGGGGGAGCCCCAGAGGCAGAAGGCCUCCAACGGAGACACCCCCACACACGAGGAGCAGAGCAAGAAGGAACGUCGCACCUCUGAGGGCCGGGGUCUGUCCCGUCUCUUCUCCUCCUUCCUCAGGAGGCCCAAGUCUCAGGUAUCUGAAGAGGACAAGGACAGUGAUGCUCCUAAAGAUGCGGGAGGUGACCAGAAAGAUGCAGGAUUAGAAGACAUCCUAGUGAAAGCCCCGAUUGCAGCUCCUGAGCCUGAGCUCAAAACAGACCCAUCACUGGAUCUCCAUUCCUUGAGCAGUGCAGAAACACAGCCUGCUCAGGAGGAGAGGAGGGACGACCAGGAGCCAGAGGGAAGAGACCUCGAGGACAGGGAAGAAGGGGAAGCAAAGGAAGAGGGUGCCAAGCCAGAGUCUCUGGAGAAUAAAGCAGACAAGGAUUUGAAAGCUGCCCAAAAGGCAGUGAAAAGACACAGAAACAUGUACUGCAAAGUCGUCUUGCUGGAUGACACCAUUUUUGAGUGUUCUGUGGAUAAACAUGCCAAGGGACAGGAUCUUCUUAAAAAAGUCUGUGACCACCUCAAUCUGCUGGAAGAAGACUACUUUGGUUUGGCCAUAUGGGACACACCAACCUCCAGGACAUGGCUGGAUCCUGCCAAAGAAAUAAAAAAGCAGGUUCAUGGAGGCCCCUGGGAUUUUACCUUCAAUGUCAAGUUUUAUCCACCAGAUCCUGCCCAGCUAACAGAGGACAUCACAAGGUAUUACCUGUGUCUGCAGCUCAGACAGGACAUCCUUACAGGGCGCCUGCCCUGCUCCUUUGCCACCUUGGCUUUGCUGGGCUCCUACACGGUCCAGUCAGAGUUGGGAGAUUAUGAUCCUGAUCUCCAUGGCCCAGAUUAUAUCAGUGAGUUCAAACUGGCCCCAAACCAGACAAAAGAGCUUGAAGAAAAGGUUGUGGAGCUUCAUAAAACAUAUAGAUCCAUGACUCCAGCCCAAGCAGACCUGGAAUUUCUUGAGAAUGCAAAAAAACUGUCUAUGUAUGGAGUCGACCUUCACCAAGCCAAGGACUUGGAAGGAGUGGAUAUCACUCUGGGAGUCUGUUCCAGUGGCCUUCUUGUUUACAAAGAUAAGUUGAGAAUCAACCGCUUCCCGUGGCCCAAAGUCCUGAAGAUUUCCUACAAACGCAGCAGCUUCUUCAUAAAGAUUCGGCCAGGGGAGCAAGAACAUUAUGAAAGCACAAUUGGGUUCAAGCUACCAAGUUACCGGGCAGCAAAGAAGCUGUGGAAAGUAUGUGUUGAACAUCACACCUUCUUCAGGCUGACUUCCACCGAGGCCAUCCCCAAGAGCAGGUUCCUGGCGCUGGGCUCCAAGUUCCGCUACAGCGGCCGGACGCAGGCUCAGACACGGCAGGCGAGCGCCCUGAUCGACCGCCCUGCGCCCCAGUUUGAGCGCACAGCCAGCAAGAGAGCGUCCAGGAGCCUGGAUGGAGCUAAACGUGCGACUCAAAGGGUUGAGUUCAGAGCCCUAGAGGAAGAGAAGCAGAAGGAGGUGGUGGUGGUUGAGGUUCCUGAACCAAAACCUGCGGAUCAGAUCCGAGAGAAGCCAGCCAAACACGCUCUUGAAACUUCUGAAAUGAAACCCAUUGCAGAGGAGGAAGAGGAGGAGAAGGUAGAGGUGGUAAAGGUUCCUGUUGUCAAGCCAAAGUCAGCAGAGCUGGUGCAGCUGCGGUCAGCCAAACGUGAUCUUGGCAGUACUGAGAUAAGCCCAAUUGAAGAGGAGGAGGAGGAGGAGGAAGAGAAAAUGAUGGUGAUGAGAGAACUAGAGCCAUUGCCGAAGGAGUCAGCAGUGGCUGUGAUAACCCCAGAGCGGAGUCCCCGGCCCACCUCAGCUCCAGCCAUCGCUCAGAGCCACCCUGCAGAGCCAGCCCCAGCUAAGCCUGAUCUCAAGGAUGUGGCCACAUCUAAAGUAGGGAAGGAAACAGCAAAAUGUGAUGUGAGACGUGAAGAAUUUCCUCCAGAGAAACCCAGGGAGCCAGUGGAUGCCUCAAGGGUGAGGAAAACACACAUUGAGGUCACAGUCCCCACCAUGAAUGGUGCUCAGCCCCAGCAGCAGCCUGCAGAAAAAGAGGAAGAGCUGAUAAGAAUGAGGAAGAAGAGAUCAAAGAGGCUAGAUGGUGAAAACAUUUAUAUCAGGCAUAGCAAUUUAAUGUUGGAGGAUCUAGAUAAGACCCAGGAAGAAAUAAAGAAGCACCAUGCCAACAUCAGUGAGCUGAAGAAGAACUUCAUGGAGUCCAUCCCAGAUCCCAGGCCGAGUGAGUGGGACAAACGUUUGUCCACCCACUCCCCUUUCCGAAGCCUCAACGUCAACGGGCAGAUCCCCACGGGAGCCGAUGGAUCUCCCAGCUACUUUCUCCCGAAUUCUCACCACUUAGGGGUGUGCAAAGAACCAAAAUACCACACUGACCAGCGGAGGUUGGCUCAGCUGAGGGAGCUGAGAGCCAAGUUUUUCCUCUCCUAAAUACACUUGGGUUUGGCCAGGGCUGGCAAACUAAAGGGAUGCAGAAUUAUUGAACAUUCCCACAAUCUUUUCCUUUCUUCAGCAGAAGUGCUGAAGGCCUUGCAUGGUCCUAUGUGCUGAUUUACUCAUUCUGGGUUUUUAUCAUUUUUAGAAUCCAGAAACAAAAAUGCUGAAACACAGAGCAAAAUUCAGGAGUUUGCACUGCUCCUACUGCCACCCUGCCUGUUCCAUGUGUGGGAUUUCUAAGAUUUACAGUUUUUCACUUGUUCAGUAGAAUUUUCAAACCAAUUGAAAUUUUGAUACUCUGGUCAGAACUUUGGAAAAGCAUUUUGUAUCUGCUCUGCAGUCUGGCUGUUCCAUGGGAUUUUCCAAACGCUGGGUUUUAAGGCCACUGUAGAUUAGGAAGCUGUCAGAGACCACAUUUUGUACUGCACCGUUCCUCUUUCAAAUUCCUCAGACUUUUUUCUCACCAUUCCAAUUCCAAAACUCUCUGGAAGGUUUUGGGCAUCCACUUUUCUGGGAGGCACCAGAUGCCCAUGAUGCUGAUGCAGCUGUUGAUGAGCUCUGCAGAGAGAGCAUGGUUCUGUAGCUCCAGGGCUGGUGGGACCCAGGCCACCAGCAGCUCUGCUCCCCAGGACAGUUUAUUUUAUGUUGAGAAGAGCUGCCCUAAGGCUUUGCACAUCUCCAAGUGUCAUUUUGGGCACUUUCCAUCUGUCAUUUUUGUUCAUCUCUCUCUGUCUUUCUUGAUCUCCUACCAUGAAAGCAGACACGGGAACGGCCUCUGUUAGUACAGGAUGAAGACAAACUAAAAAAGCAGGAGAUACCUACUGAGACAGCCUUUCCCCGGCCAGCAAGUGAAGCAACUCUUCCAAAGGUUUCUAUUGCAAUCCCUGAGGAGCAGAAAUCACUCAAAAAGUGUCAGCUGUACUCUAGCAUUCUUCCUUCUCCACGUAUUCCCUUUAUGAUGUCCUUUCUCCUGGUCAUAGCACUGACUGUUUGGUGGCUGCUCUUUCUCUGAGUGGCAACAGGGUAAUGUUGAAACCUCAAGACCAAAGCUCCUGAAUUUCUUGGCUGUAGUCUCUGCUGCAUCUUCCUUGUCCUGGUCUUUGAUCUCUGUAGUUCACUGUCCCAGGGAGGGGCACCUGUGACUGUCUGAAUGCUGAUCCUGCUCUGUGUCCUUGUGUGGCUGCGAUGGGACCUGGCAGGAGUGGUCGUGGAUUGCCAGGUCCAGUCUGAAGUUUCCUGUGCUUCAAAAGCAAAUUCUUUGACCUGUGUUCCCAGCUGUGGGAGGGCAGAUGUGGGGAGGAAAUCAUGGGAGAAGAGGCUGGUUUCCCAAGCCCCUGAAGACUUCCCAUAGGAGUUGCUGGAGAAUUGCUUUUAAGCUUGUUUGGAAUGUAAGAUAUUCACAAGCUGAAUAAUAUUUGGCACUGAUCUAAAAGGGGCUUUACAGGAAUCUGCUGAAUCAUGGAAUACUGGAAUGGUUUGAGGUUGGAAGGGCCCAUAAAGAUUGUCUGGUUUCACCCCCUGCUGUGGGCAGGGAACCUUCCCCUGGACCAGAUUGUUCCAAGUCCUGUCCAACCUGGCUUUGAACAAUUCCAGGCAUGGCGAGCCCACGGCCUCUGUGGGCAGCAAGAGGUUGAGUCUCUAGGAAGAAUAUUGGAAUCUAGUUCAUAACCACUCAAUUUCUAGGAAACUCAGAUUGGCAUUUAAGUAAAAAUGCUGGUUCUCACUGCUGCUCUUGGUAAUAACUUAGGGUCAGCUUCUCAUUUCCUAGUGGGAGAAGCCUUUGACAAAGUAUCCCAGCUUCCCUCUCCACCCCUAUUCUCACAUCCAAGAAAAUACAUAGUGUUAUAGGAGAAAAUCCAUUGCAAGGAGAUAUUUAUUGUAAACAUAGAUUGAUAAUUAAUUAUCUGAUGGUCUUGGUGCACUUGGGAUGUGUUUUAUUUAAUUUGUGUGGAACUAACUGGUGCAUGUUUGCUCAGGUCACAGGGAUGGAGUCAUCUGCUGUUUGAGCAUUCCCCCUGUUGGAAUGUUGGCUUGGCCACAUCAGGACACACUUGUAAUGUUAAAGCCCUCGAUUGCUUUUGACUUCUUUAACCAAACCAUUGCAUGCUGGUCGUUGUUUAUUGCCUACAGUGUAAGUGUCUGGAUGAUGUUCACAUUUAUUCAAGUUAUCCUGGCUGAGCUGUGCAGGCUCCAGCCCAGCUGGACUGAGCAGAGCUGGUUUGUGAGCUGGAGAGAAGGUAUGACUUUGUGUCUAAGGGGUUUCUUUGCUGUAAAUAGUAAUGACAGGGCUGAGCUGAGCCCCCCAUUUCUCCUUUCAGCACUAAUCCAUGUUCUCCUGUGUCCACUGGAGGAUUGGACUGGACACAGUCACUCUGAGGGCACCCCCCCAGUGUCACCAAUGGUGGCAGCUCCUCCAGCAGCAUGGAAGAGAAAGGAGCAGGCCUUUAGUACAUGGACUAAAAUGUGUAAAUAUAUAUAAAUACCUGUAUUUAUCACCCUUUCUAGAUCUGUGUCUGUGUGAACAGUGUUAUUUAGGAAGCUAGCAGAUAAGCUUGAAGGAAUAAGGCAAACAUGUCAUGUGCUGUCUGGUCUGAGGGUCUGUGGGGUACCAUGGACCACUUGAGCCACCUCUUGCUCUUGAUGUACAGGUUGAGGUUCUAAAUGCUGUCUCAGAAACUUAGGUUGCUAGUAAAACUCUUUGUUUUAUUCCUACAGGAAUCUUUCCAGUUCCUCUUGUAACUUGCUCCAAUUAGUUCACCAGUUUGUGCCUUUAGGACUUAGUUUUGUGAGGAUGCUGAUUUUUCAUUGGAAAAUAUUCUUCCCUUUUUAAUACACUGCCUUUAGUGCACAGUCUUCCUCCUUUGGCCCUGGGAACUCGAGGGUUGUUGUCCAGGCGUAGUCUGGAGUGAAGGAGGGCUGUAUCCCUGAAUCCUUGGAAUGCACUUGGACUCCAGUGGAUUUGGUGUGGAGUUUAGGCAGACAGAGGUGGGUCCUGGAGAGGAGAGGUGGGGGAGGAUGCUGGGGUGCCAUGUGCUGUGCAGAAAAUACAGGAUGGAAGAAGCCAGGGGAUACUUGUGGCUGGCAUUCCCUGCCUGCAUCUCCACCCCAAAACAGUAACAGUUGUGAUGAAGAGCAGGGUUGGUUUGUUUCCCCAACUUGGCAUGGAGAGGGAAGAAGGAGGAGCUGUUUGGAUCUCUCUGUCCAUUGUCUGUCUGUAUUUCCUGGAGGUUGAACACACAGGUUGAAUUUCCUUCCCAAAGCCAUUGCUCGGGAUGCUGCGGUGAGCGCUGCUGAAUUUCCUCUAUUUCUGAUCCAUUGAUGAGAACUUGGAAGCCACACUGGUGGCUUUGGCAAAGCCAUGGUUUCUGUAGCUCUGUCAGCCAUUUCCAAAGGACCUGGAUCUAAAACCUUCUGCCCAGAGCAGCCUUAGACUGGAGUGCUCAGGGUGUGUCAUCCCAGCGGGAUAAGAGAUGGGCUUUGUCACCUCUACUCAAUUCUGUAACUCUUCAAUUCAAAUUGUCUUUUUCUCUCUUUUUUAAUCUUGAGAUAAGGUUGCUUGUCAUCAGCAAAAAACCUUGGAAACUUUACACUCUUGAGAACACUCAGGAACAUUUUUGGGAUUUAUAUACUGAUUAUCACUGCAGAUAUAAAGAAAUUGAGCAAACACUUUCUAUUUCUCUGGCAUUUUAGAGGUCAGUUAUCCAUAUUCAUCCAGGUAGAUAUGAUCCCUCCUGACAGAGGAAACCUGUAACUUAGCAGGAACAGAAACCUAAUCUAUUGAAUGCCCCAGGGAUGUGCCUGCUGGGCAACAGCCCCUUUCCCAGGCACUUCUCUGCUUUUUUCUGUUUGCUUGUGAUGCAAAGGGAGUGAUAAUCCUUGGCAAUCCACGUAAGGUCUCAUUCCUGCACAUUCUGUAUCCUGUUUGUGCACAUUUUUAAAAGCUUCUUUGACAGCUUGGUGCUGUGGUUUUCCCCCUUUGCUGUGAUGUCAGUACAGGGUGCAGCACCGAGAGGAGGAUUUGGUGAUUCCUGCUGUCAUCUCUGUGCACAGGGAGAGCUGAUUGGGCUGAGAUCUCAGGGGAUCUAAAAAGGAACCAAUGUACUUCGCUCCUGUUUUCCUCAGGAACAAACUUGCUGGGAAUUCCAGCAGCUGCUGGCUGCCUGCCCUGACACCAGCAGCCACUGACACAGGGGUUCACAUGCCCUGUUCAGCCUGGCUGGUGCAGUGCCAGGCUGGGAGUGAUGGAGAGCUGAGUUAUCCCUCCUGCAGGGAGGCUGGAAAUGUCUGCAGCAUGUAACCUCAUCCAGGCUGGCAUGAGAAAUCCUGCUUUUUCGGUGUGACCUGCUGCAGAAAAUGGCAUUCUGGUGACACAGGCAGGGUGAGUCUGCCAGCAGUUGUGCCCAGUGUUUUGUGGUGUGGUCACUCAGUUCUUUGAUGCUCAUGUGUAGGAUCCCACUGGGAAUUGCUGAGGGUUCAGUGUUCCCCAUCACAACAUGGACAGUUGGCUCCACAUCACUUCCUGAAUCUCCUUAUCUGGAUUCCAGCUCCUCUGAACACCACCUAAAGCACACCUAAAAAAGGAGAUUCUUGUGCUUUCCUGCUUUAGGAAAAGGAGAACACAAGUGUUUUCAAGCAGCAGAUGUGCCAGAGCCAGUAGCUUGGAACUCAGGUUCAGCUCUGAGGCUGCACUGGGUGUGAUGAUACUUGAGGUCUUCAUUGCUGUAAAACUUCAUCCCCUUUUCUGUUUUGACUGCUGAAAGGGAGCAGAUAAAGGGGAGUGUUGGCUGCAUCUCCUCCCACAUCAUACCUCACCCAGGGAGUGAUGGAAGGUGAGCUGAGGACUCUCCAUAGGCAGCUCAGUCAGGGCAGAGUUCAGCCAGGACUGGCUCCCCUCUCUGGUUUGUCUGGUCACUAGUGCUGACCCUAAAGAGUAGGUAUUCCAUAUCUCCCUCCUAUUCUGAAAUAAUCAGGAGAGGUGGAUUUCCUCAGCACCAAGGGAAGUUUGGAGUGUUUGGAGUGGAGGAAUGAGGCUUGGCUGUAGCACCAGCUCCUGGGAAGGUUAUCAUAGAAUCACGAAACAUCCCGAGUUGGAAGGGACCCACAGGGACCAUCAGGUCCAGAUCCUCAUGGUUGUGGGCAAAGUCCUUCACAUCAAUGUCAGUAAUUUGUCACUCUGAGAAUUGUUUCACUGGUUUAUUGGGUUUUCUUUUUACCUUGUUGAUGGUGCUUGUUCUGACCUGCAGGAUGAGGCAGGAAGCUUUCUGGAUAAAUCCAGCCCAAAAAAGGGUUAUGGAUUCAUGCAGAAACUCCUUGGUCUGUAUUUAUUAGUGGAUGACACUGGAGAACUUGACAGAGGUGGUUCCUCUUGUAUCUCUGUUUGCAUCUGUUGUGGUUUGUGGGGCUGGAGGUUUGGGCCCCUUUGGGAUCUUUUAGCAAUGGUACUCAGUCCUGUUGGAUCAGUCUGUGGGGACUAGAAACACUUUCUUUUUUACCUAAAAUACUCUCUUUUGGAACACUUUUUUGGUUUUGUAUUUUUUCUCAGAUUUUUCUUUGUAAAUAUGUACAUUUAUCCAUUAAUAAAUGUUAUUGCAAAUCAGAUCUUUCUUUCCACUGCUUAUUAACCAAAAAAGCUAUAUGUGACCUGUGUUUAUGACUUCCUUGGACUAACCCUCAGUUUUCCUUUCUCAAAGCAGGAGCCAUCAGUCCUGAGUCGCUGUUGUUGGCAUUUGGGGUGUGGGGUCUGCUGGACACUCCUGGGUGUGGGUUGGGUGCUCCUGGGGAGAGGGAGUACCCAGGGCUGCAGCUCUGAGCUCUCAAAUUGACCAGAAUAAUUCAAUUUAGGAUUAAAUCCAGUUUGGUUUAAAACAGGCUUUGUUUGCAGGAAUGCUCUACCAAAUGCUUAAUGUCACUCUUAACACCUCCCUCUUCACUUUGGAGGAGGAAGGGAAAAAUCAAUAGCAGAAAGUUGUUCUGAGAGCAGAAUGAGGCAGGUCCUCCACAUCUCAGCUACAAGAACCUCUGUCCCACCUGGUGUGGUAAUCUGGGGACAAAAAUGCCCCUUUGGGGUUGUAAGUAUGGAACAUUUGGGUUUUGUAAGUGAAGAAACCAUAUUCCCAAUGAGCCACUGUUCCUCGGCUCAGUGAUAAACACGAGCUUCUGGUGGGUUUUUUCUGGUUGAAGCUCAGGCUGUGUUUUGAGGCUGUGUCAAGAGUCAAUUUUAAGUCCCAAAUUUUGUGAGAUUGCAGGAAGGCAGAUCUGGCUGCUCAUAAUUCUGGUUCCCCAGAGGGGCCUGGCACCAAGGCAGAGUUUCAACUUCAUUUAUGGAAUGAGGGAGGUGGAAUGAGCAGCACAAAACUGAUGACACUUACAAACCCUGAUUUUAUCCCCUCUUUUCUCCUGCUGCUGCUGCACUAAGGCAGCUCUUGCAAUACCACCACUGUUUUGUUCUCUGCAGAGGGGUUUUGGAAUGAAAAGCCCUUUAUGUGAGAGUACCUGUCCCACAAAAGGAAUGGGAAGGAGCUCAGUGUGGGUGGGCAGAGGAAUCAUAUUGCCAACAACCUUACUUUGAUAAUUUAAGUCUUGAUCCUGAGGUUGUUUCAUGUUGCCAAGUCAUUGAUGCAAUGAUUGGAGGUGGUUGUUAUGUGUUCUGUAAUGUAUUGGAUUCUUGUUCAUGACAGAAUUUAGUUUUUUGAAGGUUUGGGCACAGUGUGUGUUUUCUAGCAUUACUUUCAAUGUUGGUCAAAAUCUCUUUUAUCCAUCUGUUGUCUGAGUAGGCUGGUCAAGAUGUGAUCAGAUCAAUGGCAGUGAAAAAAUCCAUUGAAAACCAGAAAUCCAUAGGUAAUGUCCAUCCUUAUCAAUGCCAGAGUGUUUUGAACAGCCUCUAAAUGUUUUUAAAUUUUACCUUAAGGCAAAGCAGUUCUGUAAGGCAGUGGUGGGUACUGUAAAAUAAGGAUCUCUUGUUCUCUGCUUUAUAAUACUUUUUACCCAAGUGCUUUGCCAGCUGUGAGAUUGAGCAUCAGUUGAUCUGGGAGCGCUCUCUGGUGAGUGUGGUUUGCUGCAAAGCAGCAUCAUCUCCUUGUGCAUCCCUGGACAGUCACUCCAAGCCUGUGAGCUUGUGUAGAUCCUUGUUGGGGAUAACCUAAUAACAGUGUCAACAAUUCCAUGGCCAUGCUGGAAGAGAACAGGACUGGGAAGUAUUAACCAGCUGGGAUUCCUCGCAUCUGGUGGCUGUGGGAGUUACUGUGCACUAUAACUUCAUGGUUUUAGCAAUUUUUAUUAAAUAGUAACUGGCAGUUGACAUCAUUUUAGCACUCCUGGAGUUUUCUGCAGGAUAAUAGUCUGAUUUGGGGUGGGAAUAAUGGAAUAUUCAACAGAGAGAGAGGCAGCAGCAUGAAAAAAAUCAUCUACUCUUGACACCACAAGGCAGCUGGAUCAUACAAAUAGAUCCUGAUCCAAAACAGCAGGGUCAUGAAAAAAGGCAGGCAAACCAGUUUAUAUAAAACUACUUGUUGAGAAAAAUAAAUCCUUUUGGCCACUGGUAUCAAA